AUGCCUUCUGUAAGCGUAAUCAGUUGUUUGUUCCACCGACCACCCUGUGGUCUCCACCGCUCCUCUUCCGAAAUGGUCGUUCUCUUCAGGUGUGAGUUAGUUUCUCCUCCCUAUCUCAUAUACAUGGGGUCUGAUAAAGCUGAGAAUGAUGAACUUAUUAGAUGGGGGUGGCCCGAAGAUGUGUGGUUCCAUGUAGAUAAAUUCUCCUCCGCACAUGUUUACCUGAGGCUUAGGGAUGGUGAAAGCCUUGACGAUGUCCCCGAAACUGUAAUCCAAGAUUGCGCCCAACUUGUUAAAGCGAAUAGUAUACAGGGAUCUAAACAAAAUGAUGUAGAUGUCGUUUAUACAAUGUGGAGUAAUCUACGAAAGUUAAAUCACAUGGCCGUUGGACAAGUUGGCUUUCAUGAUAACCAUCAAGUGCGUAAAUUGUGUGUUGAGCGCCGGAUCGGCGAGACUAUCAAACGACUUGAUAAGACUCGUCAGGUUGUUGAGAAGCCAGAUUUACGAGUCGAGCGUGAGGCCAGAGACAAAAGGAUCCGGGAUCGUGAGCGCCAAGUUCAAAUAGCCAGGCAACGAGUUGAACGAGAGGCGGCUAAAGUUCGUGAGGAGGAGGCAGAGCGCCGUUCCUACGAUCGCAUUUUCACACAGGAAAAAAUGCGAUCUAAUGCUGACGGCUACGAUUCCGAUGACUUUAUUUAG